AUGACGAUAAACUUGAUAAUUUAUGGUCGUAAUGUAUCCGCCUCGAUUCCCGUCCAGACCGCAAAGGAGCUCCUGGCGAAGGGCCUGUUGAAGGACAAGUUCACCGCGGCUCUCCUUAACGGGGUUGAACCCGAAGAUGGUGGAGGCAUGGGCACUCCGUUCGAGAGCGAGGGCAACGGCGACUGCUUGUUGAAUUCUGUGGCCCAAGAAGGGGAGCGGGACGAUUUGUGGAUGUGUUUUGGUCUACCGUCCAACAGCAAGAACAGAUUGCAAGAUUUUGGGGCUGCAUACAGCUCGAUACAACGGUGUUCACGAACAGGUGCACACAAUACCUUCGACAGGUUACAAGUCUCCACAGCACAUGUGGCACCGCUCGUUACGCUACGCUGCUCAUGGUUGCCCUUUAAAAAACCCGCUCGCCGAUUGUGGUCGAGGGAUUUGGUGCUGCUAGAAAGAGUAUCAAUGCGUCAUGUAACUCGGGCUGACUGUUUGUCUGGCCUGCUGCGGUCUGNACAUGUGGCACCGCUCGUUACGCUACGCUGCUCAUGGUUGCCCUUUAAAAAACCCGCUCGCCGAUUGUGGUCGAGGGAUUUGGUGCUGCUAGAAAGAGUAUCAAUGCGUCAUGUAACUCGGGCUGACUGUUUGUCUGUAGGUACGGGUGGCCUCUUCUGUUCGUUGUGGGCGUUGACGACGAGAAUCGCAGCUGCAUUUUGGGGCAGGGCCUGCUGCGGUCUGAGUGUGAUCUUGACCGACGCUGAUCUUGCAAUGACGGCUGCAAUAGCUUCUUGCUCGCCAGGGACGCUGCAUUUGCACUGCUUGUGGCACGUCUUCAAGAACGUCCUCAAGAACUGGUCGUCAUCAUUUGCUAACAAUAACGACAAGACCGACAUGAUGCAUUGCUUCAGGAACGCAGGCUAUGCAGCUACCCCGGAGGGGAUACUAGAAAUAUCUUAAGAUAAAAUCUCUUGAGACAUCGGAAUUUUAAAAUCAAUCGGAUUUAAUUUAUUCUCUUGGCUUUCAGGUAGAAAGAUGUCGUUGAUCAAGGUAUACUCCUUUUUAUUUAAAUCUAUAGUGUUUGUUAACAAGAAAGUUUUCCAAUAAUUGUGAUCAUGUAAUAAGCGAAGUUCGUUAAAAUAUAUUCUUUUUAAAAAUUCUAUAUCAAUGAGACGGGCAUAAAAGGCAUCAUGUAUAGUAAAAAGAGGUUUAUUUUCUUCUCGGAAUUUCAAAACUACUUUAUGUAAGUUACUCAGCAACAAUAACUAUUGUUGCUGAUUGCAAGUCCGAUUCUUGUUAUCUUUAAAGUUAAAUGAUACAGCAAUAUCUAUCAAAUAAAAUUAUUUAGUAUUUUGUUUUAAAAACCAUUUUUGAUUUAAUAUUACUUGAAGAUUGCAAAAUAUCAAGUAAAGCUANAAUUACUCAGUAACAAUAACUAUUGUUGCUGAUUGCAAGUCCGAUUCUUGUUAUCUUUAAAGUUAAAUGAUACAGCAAUAUCUAUCAAAUAAAAAUUAUUUAGUAUUUUGUUUUAAAACUAUUUUUGAUUUAAUAUUACUUGAAGAUUGCAAAAUAUCAAGUAAAGCUAAUAACUUUGAGGGGGUUUUUGAUUGAAAAGAUAUAAGAACUUUAUAUUCUCUUCUUUCAAACUGAUCUUUAGAUCUUUUAUUACCAAGAGGGGAACGAAGUAGUGUAAAACGCCUUAUUUUUGUAGGUAAACCUGUGCUAGUAUGAGAUAAUGGCAAUAAUAACGAAUAUAAUUUUAAACUAUUUAAAUUUGUUGAACUUGCCCAUAUCUCACAACUAUAGAUAAUAUUUUUAUUGUUAUCUUUCAUACUAAUGUAUAAAUUAAAACCAAUUAAGGGAAGCGGUGGGAUUUGAACCCACGGUACAUUAAAGAUAUACAUUGAUUUAGCAAACCAAGGCUUUAAACCACUCAGCCACACUUCCUUUAAGAUAAAAAAAAAAUAAUUUUUAAUCAAAUAAAUUAAAUUUCUUAAUAUUUACUUUGCAUAUUAAUUUUAAAAUAAGUUCGACUAUUCUUAUUUUACUUUGUAUUGGGUGCAGUAGUAAAUUUUAAAUUUUUAUAACGCGACUUUAAACUAAAAGCCAAUACAGGUAGAAUGUAUCCUAUAACUAUGAUGUAAAAAGUAAAAACUAUAGAGAUUAACCAAAAAACUUGGUUAAAAAAAGUCAUUGUAUCAAAUUGUGGCAUAUAAUUUUUUAAACCCGACUAAAGCGAAAAAAUCAAUUAGUUAAUAGCUCGAUUUAACCCCUCCCUUAAUAUUGAAGGUUUAUCUACUUAAAAAGAUUUAUUUAUUGUACAUUUUAAUCUAAGGCUUACCAGCAAGCUUUACAAAAACCUUGAAAAUCCCCUUUUGAGACUAAACGACGAAACUUUAGCCUAGAUAUUUUUAAAAAACCUAUAACAGCGCGAGAUCUACCAGUUUUUAUACAAUGGUUAUGAACUCUACUUAAACUACUUUGUCUUGGUAACUUAGAUUUUUCUAAUUGAGCCCACCACCGUAGUGAUAU